ACAAUUCACAUAUUUGCCUUUCGCUUUCAUUUAUUACACAAACUUUACUCUGUUUCAGAUCUUCAACAACUAAUUAUUUAAAUAAUAGAGGUAGCUGGUGACUAAUUAUUUUCCAUGGUUGUUGGAUAUCGAGAUGGAGCAAACGUACUGUAACAAACCUACCUCUUCAUCAUUAUCAUGUAAAACAGCUGACAGAAAAACAAUUGAGAAAAACAGAAGAAGUCAAAUGAAGGAUCUCUAUAUGAAACUCAAUUCACUUGUCCAUCAUGAUCAACAUUCUAAGGAAUUUUCGUCACUGCCAGAUCAACUAGAAGAAGCAGCCAAUUACAUUAAGAAACUACAGAUAGAUUUGGAGAAAAUGAGACAGAAAAAAGAAGGAUUAACAGCAGCUAGUACUGUAAAUUCAAGAUCAAUGUCAAACAAUAAUGCUGGGAGAACAAUAAUAGAAAGGACGUUGCCAUUGCCACAUAUUGAGAUUCAUAUUGUUGAUUCAGCUCUAGAAGUGCUUCUAAUUACUGGAUCAGAUUAUCACUACAUGUUCAACGAUAUCAUUCGUAUGCUUCAUGAAGAUGGCGUACAAGUUAUUAAUGCCAGUUAUACUGCCGUAGGUGAUUCCAUCUACCAUUCCAUACAUUCCAAGGUGGGAGAAAGUGCAACGUAUUUGUCAGGAUACGGAAAUGCUGCAAGAAUUUCUGAGAAAUUAAAGCAGUUUGUGGGUGCAGCUGCUAGGUUGCUACCAAUCAAACAAUGAAUGUUUUCAUGUUUUUUAAUUUUUUUUUUUGGCAUGUGCUAAAUCAUCUUGUUCAGCUGUUUAGUACUUGUUCAAGGACAAGGUUUCAUUUCCUGCUUGAUGGUACUGGUGGAUUCUUGGCUUUUAUGGUUUUCACUAUUUAUUGAUCACAUAACAAGUUGAUAUUGCACUCAUGUUUUGGCGA